AUGUUUCAUUGGAGCCUAUCACUUCUCAGCACUUCGUUCUUGGUGCUGAGCUCCUCAACUCUAGGUACCUCAUCAGGAACUGUCCCAACGAUCAAGUACACUGCAAGUCUUGGGGAAAGCGUCGAGUGUCUUAGCGAGGUCAACGCUGCGCGUGAGGCGGCUGGGCUGCCCAGCUUCGCAGAGGCAUCAGAUAACAACAAAUUGAAUGAUCCAAAGACUGAAACAGAGCUACAGGAGGGCAGCGAUUGGAGAAAAGUUUGUGAACAUUUGAUUCCGACGGACGCAACGGAAGCAAUGACUGGGCGCACCUCAACAAAGCCCUUUGAAAAAGGAUUAUAUGCUUUCAAGUCCCUAGAUGACGCGGAACCCAAUUGCAAGGAGACAGUUGAUUACUGGAAGGCUGCCUUCAAAAAUUUCACCGGGCUUCCGCCACCAAAGACUGAAGACGAAGCACUCUACAAAGAUCAAGACAACGUUUCUUUUGUAGCCCUCUACAACCCCUCAUCUAGUGCCACUGCAGACUGCCGAGUCGUCACCUGCACUCAAACGACUACCACUACUCCAGUUGACGGAGUGGGCUCAACUUAUGUGGGAGGCGGAACUACAAAAAAGGGUUACGCGUUGAUUUGCAAGACGAUGCCUUCUGCUUUUGGAGAUGACGGCUCUGCUUUGUUCACGCAGGAGCAGUGGGACAGGAUCAUAUCUUCCCUCACAGGCUCCGCAUCGACAGCAGUUCCAAGUUUUGUUGCUCUUGCCAUUGUGACAUUCGGCAUCGCGACUUUAUUGUGA